GCGUUCAGGGACAAUUUCUGAAGUUGACCUCUGUUUCCGGAACCGCAGGCGAAAAUGGCGGCGGCCAGGUGUUGGAAGCUUGUGUUCCCGGGUCGGGGACUUUCGUUGCAUACCGCUGCUGAGGCCGCCUCCACGGCUAUGGAGUCAACCAGCACAGAUGUCGGGGCCAUUUCCGUUGCGCGGUACCCGCCGAUUGUGGCUUCCUUAACAGCCAAAAGCAAAGCAGCACGGCUGCGGCGGGUGGAGCGCUGGCAGGCGACGGUGCAUGCGGCCCAAUCGGUGGACGAGAAGCUGCGCAUCCUCACCAAGAUGCAGUUUAUGAAGUACGUGGUUUACCCGCAGACUUUCGCCCUGAACAGCGACCGCUGGUACCAGGGCUUCACCAAGACCGUGUUCCUGUCGGGCCUUCCUGCUCCGCCCGCGGAGCCGGGGCCCUCGCUGGACUUAGCAGCCUUACGCGACGUCGCCUGUGACAGCCUCCUGCAGGAGAGUUUCUACCUGCGGCGCAAACGGCGCCCUCCCCUCUUUGAGGAGCUGCAGACCGUCGCCUCGCCCUUCCUGGACCAGCUGUUGGCGGCCCUCAUGGGCCAUCUCACCCCUCUUAACCCUGUCUUGGCUUCAGCGGCUGUUGAUUGUAAGCGCCCAGUUCAUUUUUACUGGCUGCGUGGUGAAGAAAUUAUUCGUAGUGGUCAUAGAAAAGGCCGAAUUGAUGCUUUGCGAUACCAGAUAAAUGAUACACCAAACAACCAGAUUCGAAUCUCCAAGCAACUACCAGAGUUCGUCCCAUUGGAUUAUUCUGUACCUAUGGAAAUCCCUGUUAUGAAAUGUAAACCUGACAAGCUUCCAUUGUUCAAACGGCAAUAUGAAAACAACAUAUUUAUUGGUUCAAAAACAGCAGAUCCAUGCUGUUACGGUCACACUCAGUUUCAUCUGUUACCUGACAAAUUGAAAAGGGAAAGGCUUUUGAAGCAAAACUGUGCUGACCAGAUAGAAGUUGUUUUUAGAGCUAAUGCUAUUGCAAGCCUUUUUGCUUGGACUGGAGCACAAGCUAUGUAUCAAGGAUUCUGGAGUGAAGCAGAUGUUACUCGACCUUUUGUCUCCCAAGGUGUGAUCACAGAUGGAAAAUAUUUUUCCUUUUUCUGCUAUCAGUUAAAUACUUUGGCAUUGACUGUACAAGCUGAUCAAAAUAACUCUCGUAAAAAUAUAUGCUGGGGAACGCAAAGUAAACCUCUUUAUGAGACAAUUGAGGAUAAUAAUGUGAAAGGUUUUAAUGAUGAUGUUCUACUUCAGAUAGUUCACUUUCUACUGAAUAAACCAAAGGAAGACAAAUCACAGCUGUUGGAAAACUAACUGGAAACAUUUGAUUUGGGAGUUUGAGAAUAUCUGUUUCACAAAAGGAACAAUAAAAAGAUCUUUUAAAAUGCUGUGUGUAACUGAGUUAUUAAAUGCAUUGAUUUUUGAGAAGUGUUUCUUAGGUUAACCUGUCAUACUUGACUGUGGCAGCACGAAGGAUGAGAGAUUACUGAGAAACCAUGUUCAGUUUUAUCUCUGAGAGCCCAGAGUGACUGCCUUUUAUCCCUCAGCUGAAAGACUCUCAGGAAAAAAACAGCCCUGAUCUGAAGCUUCUGGCGGCUUUUCAUUGAUAGCACCAAGAAGCAAAAAUAAAGCACAAAAGAAAGAAAGCACAAGAAUUCAUGUAAGAAGCAUGGGAAAGACAGGAUGAUCUGCAGUGACUCAUAUUUCCAUCUAAACAAGCCAUUGGGGAGAGAACAGUGGCUGGAGCAGCCACAGUGGUGUUGCCUCACAAACUUGAUUCUUUCCAUGAUCCUGGAAACUGAGUUGGAAGAGAACCAGAUUAAAUUCAGUGGUUAGGUUUGAUGUUGACCUUUUGGAGAAAUUUGAUUCAGUUCUUGUCCAGUUUGGUUUGUGAUCAGAACUGUGGAGAGAAUUGAGUUCAUGAACUGAGGUACCACUGUAUAUCUAAGUAUUAUCUGUAUUGGAUCCUGUUCAACUAUUGCCCUUGCAGGUAUGCUAUAAUCUUUAGCGAUGCAUUCCAGGAAGCCUGAGCCGUCGCUACAGAGGAUCCCUUCAUGUCAAAAAUCAUUUUAAUCACUCCUCCAGCGAGGAUUAAGACAUCUUGUUCUGCUCAAUUAAUCACUGAAAGAUUUAAUUAUAGCAUAUUGAUUUAAAAAUAUUUUUUUACAUAUUUUUAACUGGAAAGACUAAUUGUGUUACUUUUAAUACCUUCAUAUUGCGUGUGAUUUUAAUCAUACAGGUAGUAGUUCAAGUAUUUGAUAAUAUGUAGAUAUUUUGUAGUUUUUAUCCAUUUUUUUUUUGUUAAUGAAUGGUAACUGUCUUGAGCCCUACUCCUACCCCUUCAAAGCAUGAACAAUAUUUUGCAUAUACAGUAAACCAAGGGGUUUGAUAAAAUUCUCAAUCUUGAUUUAUAAAGAAAAUAGAGAUUCUAUUCAUAAGGUAAUUUAAUGAGAGUCUUACAUUAAUCAACACCCAAUCAUGUUUAAUGGUAAAACACAGAUGAUAUUCUCAUUGAAAAUAAGACAGAAUUGACCUUUAUGUGUUUUGUUUUGCUAAUCCAUUAAGUGGCUAGAAUCAUAGAUAGGCACUCCAUGUAUGUUUGUUGAAUGGAUGUGAAUUAACUAAUCUUCCUACUUUGAGAUCUGCUAUGUCUUCAUAUUUUUUAUAUCAAUAAAGUUCAGAGUUUA